AACAUGCAUUUUCGCAAUGUUCUCAUUCCAAUGUUAUUGAGCGCCGCGACGACUAGAGUUGAAUAUGAAUCAACGGAAUUAAUCAUUCAAUUAAACAGGCUAAUUUUCGUUCUCAGAGUCAUUCAACAAUUAUCCACUUAUUUGUCUUUGCAGACGAAACUCGACUCGUGGUAGUACAGUCAUCCCGUAUGCAUAAUCAAUUGAUUAUAUAGUACAUAGGAUAACGUCAAAAGUCUCUGUAACUCAAGUUAUUCGACCUGAAAUACUGCUAGUAAACGUUUGUGCUAUAAAAAUUAUUAGCGAAUAUUAUCAUUUUAUCGAUCUUUACUCAUUCCAGAAUUGCAUUUUAUAUAUGUUUUGAUUUUUUUAUAAGCUCGAUCGUCGCGACGAUGCAUGCGAAAAAUUGAUCCUCGCUGAAUGCCGCGCCCUCUUGCGACUAAAUUUUUAACUGUAUGAGAGUGACGUUCGAACUUCGAACAGCUGAAGCGCGUAAAUCAACCACGUGGGCUCAAUUCGCGAAGUUUUCUUCAUUGAUUCACUGCUGCACGGUGAAUUUGAGUGGUUCUUGAAUGAAUUUAUACACUGUGACAAGUGACUUUUUUGAAGGAAUGAUAAAAAAGAUUUGGCAAGUACAGAAAAUACGAUCGGCUACAGUGGUAAGUUCGAACAUGUGGUCAUUGACAUAACCACGAAAUUGUGAUUGCACAAACUUGAAUUGAAUAGUGAAAAAUACAGUAAUUAUGAUUGCUCUAGAGUUAUUGGUUGUGAGAGUGAAAAAAAAUACUUUUCUACAAAAAAUUUGCAAAUCAAACGAACAACGGAUAUCCGGCGAGUGAGCCUGUUAAAGUGGGGAACACGUGGGUUUUUAUCGUUAAAAUUUCUUUCAUUUGACGCUAAAGAUUGUUAAAACCAUCAAUACGUUAAUGGGUGUAUGAUUGCGUGGAAUUGAAAUGGUUCGUGGCAAAAGACCGGUUCGCGGUGGAAAAAGGAAGUUCGAAAACCCUCGAGAACGAAGACCAAAACCAAAAAAGGGAAAAUUCAAUUUGAAAGAAGCGUCUUACGUCAAAGAACGUGAUGCAAAAAAUGCUGAAAUCGAAAACAGAAGAAGAAGAUUGGAGGAAGAGAAGGAAAAACAAAAACAGAAGCAACCUGAAAGCUCGUCCGAUGAGGAAGAAGAAGAAAACCCUAUGGCAGCCUUGCUGGCUAGUUUUUCAAGAACGAAGUCUCAAAAACCAACUGCCAUAGAAUCUGAAAGCGAAGAGGACUCGACUGAUAAUGAUGAGGAACCUAGUAAAUUGGUCUCUGGGAAUGAGGAAUCGGAGCUGGAGGAGAUCAACACGGAUUCUGAGAAUGAUUCGGAACUUGAAGCGCAGGACUUGGGAUCACCCAAUUCGUCAGAGCUGGAGGAGAUCCACUCUGAGAAUGAUUCGGAGCUGAAAGAGCAGGACUCAGACUCUGUAGAACUACCCGAUGAAUCAGUGACCAGUGAUGAAGAAAUAAUUGUAGAAAGAAAAGAAGAAGAGGGGGAAGAGGAUGCAGAAACUGCAAGAGAGGACGAGGGUCAUUUGAGGGAUCCAUUUGCAAUUCACUUGAACAAAGAUUUGAAUGACGAGUUGUACAAAUGUGUAUCGUCGGUGCCCGCGAUAGUUGAAACUUCGCAGCUCACUUGGCCCACCCUGGGGAAGAUUGUAGCUCAAAUUCCAAAAGCUUCUGUGGUGAAAAACUCCGGCGUAGAGUGCGAGAUAAAGAGAAAAGCAAAAUUGCUCGAGGACAAGCAAUUCGCAGAGCCAGGGAACCUUCCCGCCCCCAUCGGUGAGGUAGAUUGGAACAAAUUGUUCGUCAAAGCGCAGAUUCAAAAUAACAUAGCAGUUGCGAACAAAGAAAAUCUUGGAGAGGUGUUGGGCAAGGGGAGCUGUCCUUUGACCUCUCUACAGAAGGAACUUUUUUCCAUCAUGAACAAUUAUCAGGAUUUGUUGUACACGGAAAGAACUUUUGACAACGCUUCGGAGAUCCGAUUAGCGUAUUGUUUACACGCGGUAAAUCACGCUCUGAAAACUCGCACAAAAGUAUUGCACCACAACGCUAAAUUAGCCAAGUCCAAGAGAUCCGACAUGGCAGAAAUACCCGAGGAAUAUCGUGACCAAGGCCUCGUCAGGCCAAAGAUCCUUAUAAUCGUACCUUUUCGUCACUCUUGUCUGAAGAUCGUUGAGACCCUCGUGUCAAUUCUCAUCGGUGAGGAAAAAGGUGGCUCGGUCGUCAACAAAAAACGUUUCCUCGAGGAUUUCGCCGGCAAUGAGAUCGCGAUGCCACGAAAGAAUCCAAAACCUGAAGACUACGAGAAAACUUUUACAGGAAAUACCGAUGACACCUUCAAAAUUGGCUUGUCAGUGACGAAAAAAACGCUCAAACUUUAUACGGAUUUCUACAACUCCGAUAUUAUAAUAUCCUCGGUGCUCGGUUUGAGGAUGCUCGUCGGAGCCGAAGGGGAGGACGAUCGAGACUACGAUUUUCUGGCCUCUGUUGAAUUACUCAUAAUGGAUCAAACCGAUAUAUUCACCAUGCAAAAUUGGGAUCAUCUUCUCCACGUUCUCGAACAUUUACACUUGCAGCCUAAAAAUUCUCAUGACACUGAUUUUUCACGAGUGCGAAGCUGGUGCGUUAACGGCUGGAGCAAAUAUUACAGACAAUCUUUGAUUUUCUCGAGCAUCAAUUUGCCUGAGCUACAAGCAAUAUUCAACAAAAAGUGUCACAACUAUCGAGGAAAACUGAGGCUCGCUAAUCCUUGCCUGAAAGGCUCCGUUUGUCAAGUUAUUCUCCAGGUACCUCAAAUGUUCCACAAAUUCAAAGCCACGAGUUCCUUCCAAGCGACUCUCGAAGCGAGAUUCCAGUUUUUCAUAAACAACAUUUUGCCUCAAUAUCGAGACAGCAUCAUGAAUCAUACUCUCAUAUUCGUACCGUCCUACUUCGAUUUUGUCAAACUACGAAAUUAUUUGAAAAACGAAGAAUUCAGCUUCGUACAGAUAUGCGAAUAUUCGAAAGAUGCAAAAAUCGCUCGUGCCCGAGACAUGUUCUUCCACAGCGACGCUCACUUUCUUCUCUACUCCGAGCGCUUCCACUUUUUCCGUCGUAUUCGUAUCAAAGGCAUAAGACACUUGAUUUUUUACGAACCCCCUACUUUUCCACAUUUCUAUGACGAAAUGUGCAAUCUCAUGCAAGAGGCCAAUCAAAAUCCACGUGCUGGCUCCGAAAGCAAUAUGAGCAUUACUACAAUUUAUUGCAAAUAUGACGUCCUUAAAAUCGCUGCGAUCGUCGGUACUGAAAAAGCCAGGAAAAUGUUAGCCUCUGACAAAGACGCUCACAUGCUCAUGACUGGCGACUGAAAACUACAUUAAAUUUUGUAUCCUUGAAGAAAUUAUGUUUCGUCUCAUUUAUACUCGCCUCUGGAACAAACAAUUAUUUUUCAGUCUUCGAUUUAUUUCGUUUUCAAAAGUCAAUAUUGUCAAAGAUUCAUCUUUGCAGGCUAACAGUCAAAAAACCCUGAACCAACUUUUGUGACGUCAAAUUCUUCCGCGAAUAAGUUCCCUGUCAUAAGUGAUGAUCGAUUCGAUUUUUGACUCCGAAUGUGUGCGUGUACAUUUUACUUAAACGUCAAAAAAAUUAUCUCAACGGUACAAACGUUAAUAUUGUAAUUAAAAUUCAAAUUGAUUUUUAUUUCAAUAGCUCAGUGUAGUCGUCGAGAGAAUUUGUGAUAGAAAAAAAUGGACGAAUAUUUAACGGUGUUGUAUAAUUAUUGUGAUCUUUAUUCGAAAAACGAUAUCGCUACAAUUAUUGACACCAGAUUCGUGCAACCUGGAUGAGAACAGUUGGACCUUUACAACCAAAAAGUCAAAUAAAUUUUAAGAUUAUUUUUAUGUACUUCGUGGAGCUAUUCAACAAUUGUUCGAUUGAACCAA